UACGCAAAGAUAUUGAGUGUUCUUAGUUAGCGUUUACUCACUGUAUGUGUAAAGCAUAAACAAAAAUUAGAAAAAACUCUUAGAAUCCAAUUCAUAUGUAAGAAUUAUAUUUUACCAAUAAAACUAUUGUAUUGUACCACUCGAUCUAGGACAUUUCAGCGCGGGCAUUUCGGCGCGAGGUACGUUUCGGCGCCAGGUGUUAUUAUGGACAUUCUGUCGGAUGAAUUACCAGAAGAAAUCUUACCCUUGUUAGACUGGUUUGAAGAAAAUUAUAUAGGUAGUGUUCAUAGAAAUCGACGUCGAAAUGCACGUUUUCCUCCAAAUCUGUGGAAUGUCCACGAACGAGUUUUAAAUAAAAAGGAUAGAACUAAUAAUUAUGCCGAAGCUUCUAAUAGACGACUCAAUGUUCAAAUGGGGGUUACUAAUCCAACACUAUGGGCUUUUAUAUCUUGCUUAAGAAAAAUAUAGAGUGGUCGGGAUACUUUUUAUUGCCAAUUAGAAGCUGGUAAAAGCCCACCGAAAAAACAAAAAAAAUUUUUGGAUGUUGAUAAGCGAAUCUUUAUAAUAGUUAGCAAUUAUAAUCAUAGGGACAUGUUAAUAUUUUUAAGAGGUAUCG